AGUAAAUAAUGGUAUCGUAUAAUUUUACUACGGUUAUUAUAACAUUUUUAAUUGUGUUUGUAUCGAGUGAAGAUGUUUUCUAAACCAAAAUUAGUUUUGAAACACUUUAUCCUAACCAAAAAUGUUUGUAAAUCGUCGACAAAUGUGUUAAAAACAAACGUAGAUGUCCAUUCUCAACAGUUCACGGAAAAUCGUGAGCGUAUGGUCCAACUAGUUGAAACCCUCAGGAAGAAAACCAGUGAUGUAUUACAAGGAGGAGGUAAAAAAUAUGUCGAAAAACAUACUGGUAAAGGCAAACUAUUUGUUAGAGACCGAAUAAAAUUGUUGUUGGACCAAAAUACUGCCUUUUUGGAACUAUCUGCUCUAGCUGCAAAUAAUAUGUACGAAGGAAAUAUUAACUCAGCUGGGGUUGUGACUGGGAUAGGAAAAAUUCAUGGGCGAGACUGUAUGAUAGUAGCUAACGAUGCUACAGUGAAAGGAGGCACGUACUACCCCAUGACUGUUAAAAAACACCUUCGGGCCCAAGAAAUCGCAGAUCAAAACAAUUUACCUUGUUUGUAUUUAGUCGAUAGUGGGGGUGCUAAUUUGCCGCAUCAAUCUGAGGUUUUUCCAGAUAGAGACCACUUCGGAAGGAUAUUUUUUAAUCAAGCUAAUAUGUCUUCUAAAAAUAUCGCACAGAUAGCAGUUGUAAUGGGAUCUUGUACAGCUGGAGGUGCUUAUAUGCCAGCAAUGGCAGAUGAAUCUAUAAUAGUCAAACAACAGGGAACUAUAUUUUUGGCAGGGCCGCCCUUGGUCAAAGCAGCAACAGGUGAAGAGGUUUCAGCUGAAGAUUUAGGAGGCGCAGAUCUUCAUUGCACAACAUCUGGAGUCACUGAUCACUACGCGCUUAACGAUGAACACGCUCUAGAUAUCGCCCGUGACAUAGUGAGAAAUUUAGGCCAAAGAUCUCCCGUUGUAUUUGACGAACCUUUCGAAGAACCACUAUAUAAUCCAGAAGACUUAUACGGUAUUGUAGACACUGAUUUAAUGAAACCUUUUGAUGUUCGUGAAGUUAUAUCAAGGGUAUUUGAUGGGUCAAAAUUUACGGAAUUUAAGAAAAAGUAUGGCGAUACUUUGGUGUGCGGGUUUGCAAAGUUGUAUGGAAAGAGUGUGGGGAUCAUAGGGAACAAUGGAGUGUUAUUUGCUGAAAGUUCUAUGAAAGGAGCGCACUUUGUACAACUCUGUUCACAAAGAAAAAUUCCCAUCAUCUUUUUACAAAAUAUUACAGGGUUUAUGGUCGGUCGGCAAGCAGAAAUGGGCGGAAUAGCUAAACACGGAGCCAAACUAGUGACAGCUGUGGCUUGUACGCAAGUUCCGAAGCUCACACUCGUUGUGGGUGGUUCGUAUGGAGCUGGUAACUAUGGAAUGUGCGGAAGAGCAUACUCUCCCAGAUUCCUCUAUAUGUGGCCCAAUUCCAAAAUAGCUGUGAUGGGAGGACCUCAAGCCGCUGGGGUCUUGUCACAAGUUGCUAGUCACGGGAAAGGAUGGUCUGAAGAGAAGAAGAUGGAGUUUGAGAAACCAAUUAGAGAGAAGUUUGAGCAUGAAUCGUCUCCCUACUUUAGUACUGCAAGGAUAUGGGAUGAUGGUAUUAUAGACCCAAAGGAUACACGAAAAGUACUAGGACUGAGUCUGGCAGCAACUUUGAACAAAACGAUAGGAGAUACCAAAUUUGGAGUAUUUAGAAUGUAAAAAUUUGUAUGUAAUAGUUUUUGGAUAUUAUUUGUAUUAAAAUGUUUUAUAAAAA